UUCUCGUUUCUCCUGCUCUUGAACCCUGAACCUUGUUAUGGCUUUGGAAGCUCUUUCUCUAUCCUUCUCCUCCCAAGCUCUCUUCUCCAGGAAAACCUUCCAUGGUCGUUCACUCAGAAGCUGUUGCUUCUCCAGAACCAGUUUAUCAAUCAACAUCUGUAACCGCAUUGAACGUUGGUACAAUCCCAACAGUAAUAAAACAUUUGUCCAUCCGAAGAUUAUUAGGCGUUGGGUUGAAUCUGAUUCUCCACCACCUCACUCUAACGAUAAGUUUACGGUUGUUUCGUAUAAUGUAUUGAGCGAGAAGAAUGCUUCGAAACAUGGAGGUUUAUACUCAAAUGUGGCUUGUCAGUUUGUGAAUUGGGAUUACAGGAAGAAACUUAUUUGUGAGGAACUUAUUGGAUUGGACUCUGAUAUCAUCUGUUUGCAAGAGGUGGACAGAUAUAAUGAUCUUUCGGCGACCAUGGAGAAAGAAGGUUAUGUUGGCAAUUAUAAGAGACGCACUGGAGAUGCCACAGAUGGUUGUGCUAUGUUCUGGAAACCAAAUGUAUUCAAGUUAUUGGAAGGAGAGAGCAUCGAGUUCAAGGAGUUCGAACUCCGUGAUAAUAUUGCUCAACUGUCUGUUUUCGAGAUGUGUAAUGCAGACACAAGUCGAAUUUUAGUUGGCAAUAUACAUGUUCUUUUCAAUCAAAACCGAGGCGACAUGAAAUUGGGUCAAAUUCGCUUGCUCUUGUCAAAAGCACAUGCCCUGUCGGAGAAAUGGGGAAAUAUUCCUAUGGUGCUAGCUGGUGAUUUCAAUAUCACUCCUCAGAGUGCCGUCUACAAGUUCUUGUCAUCUUCAGAGCUGAAUAUCACGUUACACGAUCGCAAAGAUUUAUCUGGACAGAAGAGUCGUCACCCUGCUCAAUUUACUGGUGGAAAACUCAAACCAGGCAUUUUGAAGGACAGCGACUUUGAGUAUUGCUGGACUGAUGAAGAGAUUGAAUAUGCCACUGGAGAUUCAAGUAAAACUGUACUCGAAAACCCUUUGAAGCUGCGCAGCUCCUACGCCACAGUGAAGGGAACUGCGAGAGAUUCUCUUGGGGAACCCUCAGCUACUUCGUAUCACUCAAUGUUCCUUGGAACUGUCGAUUAUAUUUGGUACUCAAACGACCUUGUUCCUACGAGGGUUCUUGAUACCCCAUCAAUCAAUCUUUUAUUGAAGACUCGCGGAUUGCCAAACAAGCAUUUGGGCAGCGAUCACCUGGCAUUGGGUUCAGAGUUUUCUUUCACUGAUUGUAAUAAAGAAGAUAAAAAUGGCUCAACAACAACUGCAGCCUCAACAGCAGCAACAGAAAUUGUAGAAUGAGAUCUGGGAAGUGGUGAUGCAAGAGAAAUAGAGAGAGACUUAACGUAGAAAUAAGCUUGGUCAUUACUUGAGAAGUGUAGUACAUUACAACCCUUAGAUUGUUGUUGGAUAACACCACGUAGAGAUUGGUAGUUUGUUAUCACUAUUAAGAGUAAGAAGUAAGAACUAUAUGUGGAAGAAUCGAUGAUAGUAUUCCAUAAGUUACCUAUUGUUGAAGCAAACAUUGCAAACAUCCCCACAACUAUGCAUCCCUGAAAUUAUGCAAAAAACCGCCACUUAUUACUGUGUUUACCCAAUUAAGAAACCAUGGCUGACUGAAUUUGCUCGGUUUCUCAAUAGCCAGCCACAAUAUACAUAGAAGCUGCAUAAUGUCAUGCUAAUGUAUCAGUUAUUGGAUUAACUUCGUUAUAAUCAGACCCUGUCCAGGUAAGUAUGUUUUCCUGUUCCCAUGUCUCUCUCUUUGUACUCCAUUCUCGUUACUUGUAUUAACAGGUUUGUGCGUUGCAAAGCUCAGCACCAAUGUUCUAGUGGUAAAUCACAUGUACUCUUAGUUUUCGCAUCGUUGGUAGUCUGAUACAUGAUCAAUCAUGUAUAGUGUGGAUGCAUAUCAAGAACUAGUGCUUGGUGUAAAAACAGCUUGCCCAUUUUUUAUCGUCUCAUUUUGCAUUA